AUGAAUGCAUUUUUUGACGACUACGUUCACUCUAGAACUACUCUUAAGCAAUUUGUUGACCAGUAUGAUUCGGCCCUUAGGAGGAAGGUAGAGAAUGAAGCAAUUGCUAACUUCAAUUCCUUUAACACGGACAUUCGGUGCAUAAGUUGUUAUCCUCUUGAGAAGCAAUUUCAAAGUGCAUAUACUCUUGCUAAAUUCAAAGAGGUACAAGAGGAAUUGCGAGGAUUUCUAUAUUUGACUACUAAGGAAAUGGGGUGUGAGGAUGGUAGAUAUAUGUUCGUUGUUGUGGAUGAGGUUCAAAUUGGUAAUGACUUAUUAAAACGUGUAACCUUUAAUGUGGAAGUUGAUCAAGAUCCCCUUGAUGUGAAAUGCAAUUGUAAGUUAUUUGAGUUUAGGGGUAUUUUGUGUAAACACGCUCUCCGUGUCUUAACUCAAAUGGGCCAACAUACAGUACCAUCAAAAUACAUAUUGGAUCGGUGGAGGAAAUAUAUUAAGCGAAAAUACACCUUCGUGAAAAGUAGUUAUGACACUACUAGCAUCGACGAUGCACGAAGGUACGAUAAAUCCAAAAUUGUUUCUAUGAACUGUGUUCCAAUGCUUCAGAGGCUGAGAGCAGUUGUGUUAAAUUGA